AUGACGCUCGCGAGAGAUGCGCGACGCGACGACGACGACGACGACGCGCGAGGGGGGGACGCGGCGCGGGCGCGAGCGGGCGACGACGGCGCGAAAGAUGAUGACGACGCGAACGUCGAAGACUCGGACGAGGAGGAGGAGGAGGAAGAUGGAGAGGACGGCGACGGGGACGACGACGACGACGACGACGACUUUGAAGUCUCGCGCGGACGAAGACGGGCGUCGCGAUCGACGGAGCGCGGCGCGCAGGUCGGUGGGAUCGAGGGGGCGGACGUUGAAGGUUUGCCCGCGGUAGAGGCGAGCGCGUUUUCCAUCGAUGCCGAUCGAGCGCGGUUCAAGGCGGGGACGCUGAAGGCGGAGGUGUUUAAAAUGCUCGAGGCGGCGUGGCCGAAAUUGAUGGACGCGAACGAACUUUACGAGAUGGGCACCAAGGCUGGAGUGAACGUGGGGAAGAAUAAGACGGUGUUGGCCAGUGGGUUGUCGCACGAUCAGUGCUUCGUGCGGAUGCCGGGGACGAAAAACAAGUGGGCGUUGCGCGCGCACGUCGGACUGCCCGCGGGAACCAAGCGCAAGGCGGAGAGCGAGAAGGAACCGAGAGAGAGAAAGGCGAAAGCACCGCGCGUGCGAGGAGGGUUCUCCGCGAUUUUAGAGUCGAUGGACGGCGACGAAAAGGCCAUGCUUUUGGCGUGGACGGAAAAGCUCAAGCAGAACGCGGGCGACUUGAAAAAGGCCAAGCAGCAGGUGGAGAAGGCGAAGAACGCGCUUGAAAGGGCUAGCAAGGCGUUGGAAGAGUUCGAAGCCAAUCCUUCGACGGAUAGCGUCGUGCAGUCGAAAAGUGCCGAAGACAUCUUGUGCGAGCCAGAGGCGCCGAGCGACGUCCUGGAUAAGGAGUACCGCGUGUACACGGGACCGGAUGAUCGCAAGUUUUUAAUCGCGUGGAGGAAAUCUGUGGAAACCGAGCGCGCUCGUGUGAAGAGAGCGCAGGACGUGUACGUGUCGCAACGCAAGAAGGAAAUUCGCGAAGCGUCGACGAAGUUGAACAAAAAGCGCGAACAGCUCACGAGCGCCGUCAGCAAGGCUCAGCAACAGCUCAGGUUGGCGGAAGGCACCGUCGAGCGCGCAGAAAUCGUCCACGAAAUCACUCGAGAUCGAAUUCAAUUGAUGAAAGAAAAGGCCUCAGUCGAAGGUGAAGACGCGAUCAAGGCUGUGAAUGAGAAAAUCACCGCCCUCGACGAGAAAAUGACGCAGCUCUUCGGGCAAAAGUUGGCCGCGAUUGAAAAUCAGAUUGAACGGGAAAAACUCAGGCUCAUGGCCAAGGGAGAACGCGACGCCGAACGCGCUCGUCUGAUUGAGGAGAAGAACCGCUUGAAAGAAGAAGAAAAGGCUGAGCGAGCGAAACAGCGCGAAACUGAAAAAGCCGAACGAGACAAGGCCAAGGCGGAGGAAAAGGCGGCCAAGGAAAAGGCUGCGCGCUAUCCUUUAGACGACGACAUUUUAGCCGUCGAGCUCGCGGAGGAGUCAAAGGAGACGGGUGUACCUCUAGAAACCUUGCUCAAACCAAUUCCAGCUCCGGUUCCGUUGGCAAACGGGCAAGUCCUCGCGGAAGAAGCUUUCGUCGCCGAGUUUAUCAGCGUUUUUGGCGCUGGAAUUCAAGCGCCGCAAGGAUUGACCAAUGUCGAAGGCGUGAACGCGAUGUUUGAGAAUACCCCCAAGUCUCGAUCGACGCUCGCCGAGCUAUACUUGAGCAUCAUUUACGAAGCAUUGACUCCCGCGGCGAGUGGUCCUGGGCGUUUCGUGGCGCGUUUGAACCGCAUCGUGAACAAUCUCAACUGGCCGGAGGUGGCCCGCAAACUCAUCUUGCACGGGGGUGAAGAAGCACACGGAAAAAAAGCGGUCGAGGUCGCCACCAAACUUGCAAAGAGUACGUGGGACAAACUUUCAAACGCCGAUCAUCUCGUUUUACUUCGAGCUUUGGCCGAUUUGGCACUUCAAGGCGACGUGUGCCGCGACAUCAUCUCGUCACGCAUGCAGCAAGCGGACAUUUUCCGAAGCGAACGCCACGAGGCCAGACUUAAAGCUGUCGCAAACCGACGUAUCGUUGAAAAGGCUGAGAAAGAAGAGCGAAAACGAGAGCGUGAACGAAUCGCCGAGGAGAAACGCGCCGCGAAAGCGGCGGCUGAGGCGGCCAAGGUGGGCGCAAACCCAGAGGGCGAUGUCAAGAUCGAAGAAGACGCAAAAGAAACCAAGGACGACGAAGUCAAGGAAGAUGUCACGAUGGAGGAUGCGUCUGAGCCUAUGUUUGAGCUGCCGGAACGCCUUCGCGAGUACAAGGGCCAUCCGGAUGACAGACACACGCUCAUGGCUUGGAAGAACGAAGUCGCCAAGGUUCAAGCAGAACUCGAUCGCGAACGCGAAGAAUACGAGAGCGAUCGUUCGAAGGAAGUCCGCAUGCAAAAAGCGACUGAGUCGGAGAUCAAGCGCAAGAAAGAAGCUGUCGAAGAAGAGGCCCGACGGAAGCUCGAGCUGGAGGAGAAGCGCAGUCGGGAUCGCGAGAUUAAGCGCGCGGCGGAAGACGCGGCGUGCCAGGUUCGAGCGAGACCUCUCGGUAUGGAUCGACAUCUCGCGACUUACUGGUGGAAUUUUGGCGGACGUAAAGAUGCCGUGUACGUGCAGUCGUUCUCGGGCGAAUGGGGCGUGUACAACUCGCAGGAAGCCGUCGACGCUUUGGUGGAUGCGCUGUGCGAAAAAGGUGUUCGCGAACUCGGUUUGAAAAAGCAGCUCGAGAAGCGCAAGGUUACCAUCGCUGACGCGUUCAAACUAUUGGCAGAAACUCAAGAAGAACGUGAUGCGCGAUUUGCGGCGCAGCUUGAGGGUGGUGAACGUCGUUCUGCGAGAUCUCGCACGGCUCCGUCCAACGACGCGUACGUCGCCACGCGUCCCGCUGCUGAUCUCGCUUGCGACGAAGGUGCAGUCAUCACCGCUGCGAGAAAGUGCAUGGACACUAUGUGCAUCAACGCUGAGCGAAUUGGUCUGGAAACCGACGUUGACUGGAGAACGUUCCGCAACAAGUUGAAGAAUGCCCAUAACUCGUACGUUGCCGAAAGUCUUCUUCACCUCGAGGAGAAAUACUUUGAAUGCCAAAUCAAAGAGUUCAAGCUUGCGGCUGAGCGUGAAAAGAUUGAGCGUGAAAAGCAACCGGAAGCGCCGGAUGAACUCUCGAAGGCCACGCUCGAGGCGCUCGUUUUGAAGCACACGGGUAAGGAUAUGAGUUCGUGGAAGCUCGCUCGUCGAAAACUCGCAGCUUUGUUGCCGAAGGAAAUCAUCGCUGAAGCCGUGGAAGAACGUCGUCGUCAACAACUCGAUAGCGAGGAAGACGACGACGAGGACGAGGACGAAGACGAGGAAGUCGAUGAUAGCUGGAAUAACGACGAAAACGCCCCCGAGGACGUCGGAGACAUUUCCAUCUGGAAGGGCUCCCUUCAACGAGACCAAUUCCGAGAGUACUUGAACCCGCAAGAGGACUUCCCAGUCGUGCGAAUCGCCUACGCCGCGGCGACAUUGUUGGAUGCAACGUGCGCAUUCUCCGAAGAAAUCGUUCACAGGCGAGAAUUACGAGGAGAAGGCGAGGAGAUGACGAAUUAGUUAGAAUUGUUGAUUU